AUGAAGCAAAGAAUUACAUACUUGCUGCACGAGGCUGGCGGAGUUGAUCCUGCGACACUGGAUGUUGGCAAAGACUCUAUAAAGUUGCCGGGCCUCAAGGCCGCUAAAGAAUGGCGAGUCACGCUGGGCACACGAGAACUGCCAAAGGAAGUAUGGAGACGGCCCCCUUAUGAGUGUAUUCAAUGGUUGGGGAGUCAGACUAACAUCACUUUCGAANNGGUUGUCAAUGUUCUUGAACAAAGUCAUGAAAUACACAUACGCUGGUCUGCCGAGUGGAACUAUGAUGCCGUGACACCCUUCUCGUCAAGAGUUCCAUCUGGCUUCCANUUUUUCUAUACUCCAGGAGAAAAUGCAUCUUCAGAAACACUAUGUCCCCUUUUGGGCAAGAUCUUUGGUGAGGCUGUUGAGUGCACGUCUGUAAAGAUCAUGUCGCUCGCCCAAGCCAGCUCUUUGGAUAUCGACUACGACACAAUAUCUCACGCGCUCCGUGUCACCGCAUACUGGGACUGGGCUGUUGCAGCCGAUGGCUCGCAAGGUGCUUGGGAUGAAACUCUACGUUUACAGCCUUCUUCAGACGCUCUCGAAGUUGGCAUCUUGAACGUUGAGAAGUCCACUGAGGAAGGCGAGAUUGCACUAAGUGGGUUGUUGACUGUGGUGGGUGAAGACACAAAGCCCAGUGCGACCAUGUUCUCCUUCCCAUCAAGACAUCAUGCUGCGUCCAAGCAGUCUGCAGAGCUGACCUUCGAGACAUCAUUCCGUCAACCGACUGGACUGCAUCCUACGAUGGAGCUCAAGUUCCCUGGUAAUGCACUUGUACAGCCUGAUGAGUCUUGUGCAUUGCACGCUUACCUAACACUCCCAUCCUCCGUCUUCAUAGACCGCUAUCAACUUUCGGAUCCUCUGUUCCUUGCAUCGCAGAAUCUGGUCGCUCUACGCAGUCUCAGUGGUGCCACUGACCUUGAGGCACCUGUAUGGACAACACCACAAUGGGGCUCAGCAGCACUACUUGAGCUUGCGCAUCCUGAGUCGCCAUCCAUAAACAACGACACCUGGACGGUGACAGUCCCUCUACAUACACGCUACAUGUUGCCAUCCACUGACGGCACACACGCUGCACACAUCCCCUGGCCAGCAGUCUUCUGGGCUUGUGAAGCUGAAGACGGAUUGAAGAUGGCUGUCAACCCUUUCGACCGUACGAACAUUGGUUUUGACGGACUCUUUGGCCCCAAGACUCUAUUCCAUCAUGUUGGUGCUUCGGAUGAGACGAAGACUUUGAUGGAGACGCUCGAGAUACCUGUCUUGGACACGACNAAAACCAAGUUCGUCGAGAUUGGUACCGGAGUGGCCGUUUCACUUGGCUUCUUGUGGGUGUUGUGGUGCCUGGUCAGAUCAACGAGCAAAGGAAUCAAGAAGGACGAUAAGAGGGAGUGA